AUGCUUGAAGAAAUGGACGCAAUUAUCCCCAAGGCUUUGAAAAAGGGGGAUACAAUCGCAUUUAUCUCGCCCUCCGCACGCCUCAAUAACAUCCUACCCACCCCGCUUACGCGAGGAAAGGCCUAUCUAGAAUCUCUAGGCUUCAACGUACAGAUCAUUUUCACGAGCUUGGCAUCACCCACUAGUAUUAAAGAAUCAGUUCGAACUCGAUGUGACGAGCUCCAUGCCGCCUUUCGCGAUAAUAGCAUCGCCGCCAUUAUUUGCACAAUUGGUGGCUCUCAUGCCAACGAAAUGCUUCCCUUUCUCGAUUAUUCCCUGAUUAAAUCAAAUCCAAAGAUAUUUGUCGGCUACAGCGACACUACCUUUCUCCAUUAUGCGAUUCAAUCGCGCACCGGCUUACGCACAUUCUACGGACCUAGUGUUCUAACGGAUUUCUCUGAUUCCCCCAAGCCUAUACAAUUCACAAUCGACCACUUUCUUCACGUGCUGACUGAAGCGGGAAAUCCGGUGGGGUCACUUCCUCGAUCACCUAUCUACACUGUAGAUCAUAGUGAUUUCUUCUUUGGUAAUGAGGCGUCAGAGAAACCGCGCGAAGUGGUUGAAUCGCCGUCGUGGCGCUGGCUCCGAAAAGGUCGAGCUACCGGACACUUAUAUGGAGGCACUAUCAUUUGCGUAGUGCGACUUCAAGCAACUAACUACGCUCCUACUUCCUGGAAAGGCAAAAUCCUUUUUCUGGAGUCUGCGAUGGGCGAUGAUAUGGAACUCCCGUACUCUGUAUCCGAGUUCCGCAAUAAUCUUGUCGAUCUUGCUCUGUCUGGCAUAUUGCAUGACAUUAGCGGGCUGGUUGUCGGGCGAGGAUACAAAUAUGAUGCCGGCAUGCAGGACGAGCUUGCUGGUGUGAUAGAGGAAGUUUUUGAUGUGAUUGUCGGUCGAUGCCGCAACGAAGAGCUGCCGAUUUUGAUGAAUGUCGACUUUGGCCAUACAAGUCCACUCUUGACUUUGCCUAUUGGCGCGCUUGCCAGUCUAGACUCUGGUCUGGAUGAGUUUAGGAUUAUGGAUCCUGGGGUGCAGGACUGA